ACCGGAUGUAUCCCGUAUUUAUGUGAAUGUUGGCCUUGGCAUUCACAUUGAGCUGACAUUAGAGGAGGCCCUGGUAUUUAUUGAUAAAAGGUUGAAGAUACUGAAUGAGAAAGUGUCAACCUCCACAAAGAAGAGUGCUAAAAUUAAAGGGGACAUUAGAUAUGUGUAUGAACUUCUCAGACAGCUACAAGGCUUAGACACAAGUUAAACUGCUGCCAUUGGUCUCAUACAGAUGAUAAGUUUUGUCAGAAAGUGCUUACUACUCAAUGGUGCGGAAGAAAAUGGCUGUACCUGUUGAAAGAGUUCCUGUAAAUGUAUUCAAAGUAUUUCUUGCUUCUCUGACUGCAUUUUUAAUACUGUGGUUUGUUCCAUUGUUGUUGGGAAAGUACACUGAUGUCACUUAUCCUUAUAUUGCCCGUAAAGACAUAAUUUACGAAUUAGUAGGACUAAUUGGUGAUGCAGGAAAAGGUAUUCGUUGGUGCCCGCCAAUUUCACCUUACAUUGAGGAGACAGUCCAUCUAAUUGAUGUUGAAUUUGACUCACUAAUUGAAGAGGAACUUGUGAAAAAGUAUAAAAUACAACCAGGUGGAUCAUGGAAGCCACAAGAAUGCCUUUCACGUUAUCAGGAUUGUAGUUGUUGAACAGUCUAAUGUCACUACAUUCAAUAGAGCAAAAUUAUUCAACAUUGGCUUUGUUGAGAGCCUCAAAAUGGCAACAGUUGACUGCUUUGUAUUUCAUGAUGUUGAUUUAUUGCCUCAGAAUGAUAUGAACAUAUAUGCCUGUACUCAUCAUCCUCGUCACAUGUAUUCAGCUUUAGACAAAUUCAGAUACCAUCUACCUUAUCGUAACCUUUUUGGAGGUGCAAUAGCAGUUCAACGUGUUCACUUUUCAGCUGUAAAUGGCUUUGCAAAUCGAUAUUAUGGAUGGGGGGGUGAAGAUGAUGAUUUUUACAGUCGCAUAGAAAGGAAAGGUUUAACCAUAAUCCGAUUUGAUCCACAAGUUGCUCUGUAUGUCAUGUUACCACAUCAAAGUCUUCCUCCAUCAGAAGAUCGCUUUCUUCACCUGAAUGAAGGAGUCUCCAAGUCUGAUGAUGGUUUGGCAACUCUUUCUUAUCAACUUAUUGAGAAGAAAGUAUUGCCUCUCUAUACACUGAUUUUGGUUUCAUGCUAAUGUUUAUUAAAGUAAUUUAUUACUGUUAAUUUUACCGAGACUUAAGAGGCAAACAUAUUCUGCUUUAUUCAGGAACAAGUGACUUAAUAUUUUAUAUAAAUUUUCAGGCACUUCCUUGAUAUGUGUUAUACAACUUUUGUAUAUGUAUUGGUAUUACUUAUGUAUCUCAUAUUUGUAUUGCUGUAUAAUUCCAUGCAAAUUUAAACGUUAUGGACCUCAAUUUUUCUAUUUAAGAAAGUUGGAAGAUUGUUUUAAUAAAUUUGCAAAAUAAAAGGUUGUUAUCUUA